GGGCCGGGAAAGCACAGCACCGUCGCCCCCGCUGUUGCACUUUGGUACAGCCCGCCCGGGUAAAGCAGGCGGGCGGUGCUGGCGACCAAGGAGGCGGUAUGGGGCUGCGCGCGGGUGGAGAGCUCCGGCGGGUGGGCAGCGGGUCGGGGGCGCCCGAGGGACAGGAACUCGGCGGCGCUCAGGGAGGCAGCAUCCAUUCGGGCUGCAUCUCCGCGGUGCACAACGUGCCAAUCAGCGUGCUCAUCCGGCCGCUGCCAUCUGUGCUGGACCCGGCCAAGGUGCAGAGCCUCGUGGACACGAUCCUGGAGGACCCUGACAGAGUGCCCCCCAUCGAUGUCCUCUGGAUCAAAGGGGCCCAGGGUGGUGACUACUACUACUCAUUCGGGGGCUGCCACCGCUAUGCCGCCUACCAGCAGCUCCAGAGAGAGACCAUUCCUGCCAAGCUUGUGCAGUCCACCCUUUCAGACCUGAGAGUGUACCUGGGCGCAUCCACGCCAGACUUGCAGUAGAAACCUCCGGAUCACCCCACCCCCUGCACACCAGCACUACCUUCCAGAGUCCAGAAGACACACGAGGCCCCCAGUGGCCGGAACCUGUAGUGGGGAUAUGUUCUCUUUAUACCUAAGGAGAGAGGUCUGCCUCUUGGUGCCUCUGUACUAGCCCCCCCCCCCAGGCCUAGGAAUGAGGGGGCCCCAGCUCCCUGUCUGUGAAAAGAUGUCAUGGCCUUGAUCCUGAAGGCACACCAGGAGGAGGAAGUGAGAAAGAUGGGCAUGGAGACGAGGACCCCCUCCAUUUUCAUCUUUAUGAUAGCCUAUCACUACAUGAACUAGAUACUAGGAAAUAGAGGAAACCCUAGGGCACCAUGGAGGCUUGUUUCCCCCAUAGUCUGAGUCCUGGAACAGAUAACUCACACAGUAUUGUGCCAACUGCUCUGUGAAGGUGGGCCCUACUCUAGGUAACCUUUUGGCCUUGCCCUUAUUGCUCCUUACUUCAUGGCCACAAAAUCGCUAGGAAUCAUGUCUGUGCUCAAGGAAGAAGCCUACUGAACUAACUUCUAUCUGAAAGGAAAGCCUCAUUCAGAAUAUCUGCAUAGUCUCCUUGGUCAGAGCUAGCUAGCAGUGCCACCCACAGCUGCAAGGGGAACGCUGUCACAGCUGAGUGUGACCGCCUUGUUCAUCCCUUGGAACUGGCACUGUGCCUCCUGCAAUCAAAUUAGGAUCUCCUUAGCAGGAGGGGAAGAAGUGUGUAUCAGUUAGCCAUUGCUAUAUAACAAGCUAUUCCUAAACUUAACAGCUAAAAAAAAAAAAAAAGUAUUCAUUUACCCACGAUUCUGUGGGUGAGCACUUGGGCAGCUCUGCUCUGGCAUUGUGUGGUCCUGCUCAUUAGCCCACUGUCAGCUGUCACUUCAGCUGGGGCUGGCUGGGCUGGGAUCACCUUACUUAUUCUUGUGGCAUAUGUUGGAUGGAUUGGCUUGGUCAUCCUUGUUGCCUCUCUAACAGGUCAGCUCAGGCUUAUUCUCAAGGUGGCUUCAGAGUUCCAAGCAUAAGAGUAAUAGUGACAAGACAGAUCCUGGAGUGGUGGCUCGCUGCUAAGAGUAUCUACAUGGUAACUCACGACUGUAAUCCCAGUUCCAGAUAACCUGGCAUCUUCUGGCCUCUGUGGGCACCAGACACAUGGUGCACAGACAUAUGCACGCGUGCAAGCAAAGCAUCCACAUACACAGUUUUUGUUUUAAGGUGACAAGAUUUCUUCAGCCUGUGUGCUGGGACAAUGUCACUGCUGCUGAAUUCAUUCCUCAGAUUCAAGGGGUGCAGAUGAACCCCAGCUCUCAAUGGGAGGAACUGUAAAAAACACGGGGCUAUUGUUCAUUCAGCAUAGAUGAAUCUUGGUGGACAAGUGACAGUAUCUCUCGCUCGCAUACAUACGCACUCCUCACACAAAGGGCCAUGCCAAGUCUUAGCCUUUAAGUUACUGACCUUGGGACCUAGACGCAGUUGUGACAGGGUGUCUACAAGAGCUGGGUACCCCACCCUCAAGGAUGACUCACUAGGGUCACAAGGAUGGGGUGGACAAUGGGGCCUUCCAGAGGGGCUCCCGCAAACAGCAUCCUGGAGGCCGAGGCGAGGCAGUGGAAGCCACAGAGUGAGGUGGCACCCAGGAAGCUUUAUCACCUGUCAUUUUCUGUUUUCCCAAUAGUGAGGUCAACAGCUUUCUCACCCACUGAGAGUCCCAGCAAAUGAAACUGAAAGGGAUAAAAUGCAACAUGGUACUUGAGUUGACUCUUGGGACCAAAAAGGGAUGGGGGAGCAUUAACAGGUCAACUAGAAACUUAUUCGGUCUGGGUUUUAGUUAUCCUCCAGUUUGGGCAAUCAAACUGCUGGGGUGGGCUGGGUGAACUCUUUAGUCUCUGCAACUUUUCUGUAAAUCUAAAGUCAUUCCAAAAUAAAAGUUUAUUUGAUUAAAAAAAAAAA